CCACCCACCCACUCACGAGCGCCCCCUUCUUCGCGGCGCUGCAGGUCUCGGCGCGGAAGAUGGCCGGCGGCGUGGACGGCCCCAUCGGGAUCCCGUUCCCCGACCACAGCAGCGACAUCCUCAGUGGGCUGAAUGAGCAGCGGACGCAGGGCCUGCUGUGCGACGUGGUGAUCCUGGUGGAGGGCCGCGAGUUUCCCACGCACCGCUCUGUGCUGGCCGCCUGCAGCCAGUACUUCAAGAAGCUGUUCACGUCGGGGGCCGUGGUCGACCAGCAGAACGUGUACGAGAUCGACUUCGUCAGCGCCGAGGCGCUCACCGCGCUCAUGGACUUCGCCUACACCGCCACGCUCACGGUCAGCACGGCCAACGUGGGCGACAUCCUCAGCGCCGCGCGCCUGCUGGAGAUCCCGGCCGUGAGCCACGUGUGCGCCGACCUGCUGGACCGGCAGAUCCUGGCGGCCGACGCGGGCGCCGACGCCGGGCAGCUGGACCUCGUAGAUCAAAUUGAUCAGCGCAACCUGCUCCGCGCCAAGGAGUACCUCGAGUUCUUCCAGAGCAACCCCAUGAACAGCCUGCCCCCUGCGGCCGCCGCCGGCUUCCCGUGGUCCGCCUUCGGCGCGUCCGACGACGACCUGGACGCCACCAAAGAGGCCGUGGCGGCCGCCGUGGCCGCCGUGGCCGCCGGCGACUGCAACGGCUUGGACUUCUACGGGCCGGGCCCCCCUGCCGAGCGGCCCCCAACGGGGGACGGGGAUGAGGGCGACAGCAACCCGGGCCUGUGGCCUGAGCGGGAUGAGGACGCCCCCGCCGGCGGUCUCUUUCCGCCGCCAGCGGCCCCGCCGUCCGCCACGCAGAACGGCCACUACGGCCGGGGCGGGGAGGAGGAGGCGGCUUCGCUGUCGGAGGCGGCCCCGGAGCCCGGCGACUCACCAGGCUUCCUGUCCGGAGCAGCGGAGGGCGAGGACGGGGACGGCCCCGACGUGGACGGGCUGGCGGCCAGCACGCUGCUGCAGCAGAUGAUGUCGUCGGUGAGCAGGGCGGGCGCCGCCGCGGCGGGGGACAGCGACGACGAGUCGCGGGCGGACGACAAGGGCGUCAUGGACUACUACCUGAAGUACUUCAGCGGCGCCCACGACGGCGACGUCUACCCGGCCUGGUCGCCCAAGGUGGAGAAGAAGAUCCGCGCCAAGGCCUUCCAGAAGUGCCCCAUCUGCGAGAAGGUCAUCCAGGGGGCCGGGAAGCUGCCGCGGCACAUCCGCACCCACACGGGCGAGAAGCCCUACGAGUGCAACAUCUGCAAGGUCCGCUUCACCAGGCAGGACAAGCUCAAAGUGCACAUGCGGAAGCACACGGGCGAGAAGCCGUACCUGUGCCAGCAGUGCGGCGCCGCCUUCGCCCACAACUACGACCUGAAGAACCACAUGCGCGUGCACACGGGCCUGCGGCCCUACCAGUGCGACAGCUGCUGCAAGACCUUCGUCCGCUCCGACCACCUGCACAGACACCUCAAGAAAGACGGCUGCAACGGCGUCCCCUCGCGCCGCGGCCGCAAGCCCCGCGUCCGGGGCGGGGGACCCGACCCCAGCCCGGGGGCCGCCGCGCCCCCCGGCGCCCCCGCCCCGCCCGGCUCCCCCGACGCCCGGCGCAACGGCCAGGAGAAGCACUUUAAGGACGAGGACGAGGACGAGGACGCGGCCAGCCCCGACGGCUUGGGCCGCUUGAAUGUAGCGGGCGCCGGCGGCGGAGGUGACGGCGGAGGGGGCCCUGGGGCUGCCACCGACGACAACUUCACAGCCGGACUCGCCUAAAAACCAAAAA